AUGCAUCAUUGCCCCACUUUUCCCUGACUCCAUGUCGACCACCGCUCGUGCAUCAGCCGUGAUGCGGGAGAUCAGCUAAUGGGCGGCACAUCUUGCGCAAUGAGGUUGAUACUGCAACAAACGAUUGCACGGUGUUUGCACUUGCAGUGAACGUUUUUUGUCUGCGGUCCACGUGCUCAUCGCGCUAUCAGUGUCGUAUCACGCCGCAACCGCAUUUAGCUACUCAGACCUUCGUAUCGCCCCAACCAAACAACGGCCGGAGGCUCUGCCGGCAGCGCUACAUACUUAAUCAGCUAUGGAUUCAUCCCUCGAGAAGGCUGCGAUGGACUCGAAGGCGCCCUUGCUUCCGCAGACGCAGGAGCACGCGCCCGCCGACGCCGCCAUGCUUCGCCCUCAGCACAAGCGCAGGAUACACGCUGCCAUGUUCGCUAUCCUCUUUGCUGUGUUCUGGCUCGCGAGGUCGUGGAGCUGCGAGCACGAGCAUGCAGACGUGAAGGCGAAGGUCCCACUCGAUGUACACAUCAUGUCCAAAUGCCCCGACGCACGCGCCUGCCUGCAGAAGCUGGUCGUGCCCACGAUGGCCAACGUCUCGGACAAAGUCGACUUCCGCCUGUCCUUCAUCGGCAAACUCACCAACGAAGACGACGGCGUCCAGUGCAUGCACGGCCAGACCGAGUGUCUGGGCAACAUCCUCCUCCUCUGCGCCGCCCGCGAGUACCCCGAUCCCAAGCUGCAUCUCGGCUUCACCAACUGCGUGAUCAACGAUUACCAGGAGAUUCCUGGGCGCCAGCUCAUCGAGGACUGUGCGCUGGAACACGGGCUGGACUUUGGGGUGCUGAAUGAUUGUAUGAGCAGGGAUACAGGGGCAUUUGGGAUGGGGCUGUUGAGGGAUAGUGUGAAGCAUAGCCAGGAUGUGGGCGCGGGGAUUAGCUGUACGAUUAGGUUGGAUGAUAAGGUGAGGUGUGUGUAUGAUGGAGGGCAGUGGAAGGACUGCGAGGAUGGGUCCAGGCCGGAGGAUCUGGUGAAGGAUAUUGAGAGGUUAUAUGAUGAGGCUCAAGGGUGGACUUUUGCUUGAUGGGGACAGAGCAAUACCCUGCAUUUUCGUCGCCAUAUCAAGCGUGUUUGGCGCAUACUCUACAAGUCAAGAGCUCAGCUUUGGGGUUGGAGAAAUACUCAGUAAUGUCUACGAUGAACUUCAUUCACGUGUAGCUGCGCAAG